AUUAAUUAUUGUUGGUGAAUAUGACAUUAGAAAGAUGUUUACUGUCUUUGUUGCUGUUAUAUUUGGUUCAAUGUCUGCUGGCCGAGCAUUUGCAUUUGCACCUGAUAUAGCCAAAGCAAGGACCGCCGCUGCAUCUAUCAUAUCACUGAUUGAACGUGUUCCAACAAUUGAUACUUGGUCUAAUACUGGUAAAAAUGUUAAUAUUAUUGAUGGGCAUAUAAAAUUUACAAAAGUACACUUUUGGUAUCCAACUCGACCUCAUACUUCAAUACUAAAUGGUAUAGAUCUAGACAUAAAACCCGGUCAAUAUGCUGCAUUGGUUGGUCCUUCAGGAUGUGGUAAAACUACCAUUAUUAGUUUAAUUGAACGAUUUUAUGAUAUAACUAAUGGAAAAGUUGAAAUUGAUGGAAUAGACAUUUUUGCCUUAAAUGUUUGUAAUCUUCGAGAAAAUAUUGCAUUGGUUAGUCAAGAACCAUCUUUAUAUGAUAUGACGAUUAAGGAAAAUGUGAUUUUUGGAUGUCGACCAGGACAACAAGCAACUCAAGAAGAUGUCGAAAAUGCCUGUCGUGAAGCAAAUAUUCAUGAUUUUAUAAUAGCUUUACCUGAUGGUUAUGACACUCAUGUUGGUGGAAAAGGAAUGCAACUUUCAGGUG